CAAUUAUCGAACAGGCUCAUCGGGCUCGAGACAGGUCUAGGCACUGCCGCAAGAGGAAUAGGGUAGACUUUCCUUGUCCUUUACCUGUUGGGCUCUGCUAUCCGUAUGUUACCAUAGAGAGAACCAGUCUACAAUAGGGAAAGAUUUAUUAUGUCUAAAGACUUUUUACCGGAAAAGAGAGAGUAGAACCAUCAAGAGGCAUUAGGAUGAAAUCCCUAAUAUUGGUGCUGUUGAUGUUACACAUGACUAACCAGAUCAAGUAUGACUAUGAAACGUGUGAUAAUUGUGCAUCAGUUCUCUGUGUGGUGAUGAAAAUAUGUUUUUGUGACGGUGAUUGGGAUAUUUGUAAUGUUUAUAUUUUCAAAGACGAAGUUUUGAAUAUGACUUGCACUUUAAGGGACAAAGGCAUCAACUCAUCAGAUUUAUAUGUUACUUAUGGGAAAGGAACUGAAGUAUCAAAAAAUGAAAUGGUGGUAAUUAAUAACUCUUCAUUGAGACUGACAAAACAUAUGAAUUCCAUGGAACAGGUUGGACAUUCAAAAUUUGUCUGUAUGAACGGCAAUAAAACAAUAGUAGAUACAACAGAUGUUACAGUUGAUUACCCUCCAUCUCCUAUUGAGAAUUUUAGUUGUAUCAUAUAUAACUGGGACAAAGGAAUGAAUUGUACCUGGGAUCUUGGAGUUAAAUAUUACAACAAGUUAACUAUUACAGUUUCCUUGCUCAUGAAGAGUGGCGAUAUUACUAGACAGUACAAUCCUGCUUGUGACCGAGAUAAAAAUGAAAAUAUUGUUUGUAACUACACAUGGAACCAAACUGACCAUGUAACGUUUGAUAGAAGUUUUCUGAACUUCACUGUUAAUGUUACAAAUACUUGUUGUACCAAAGUUCCUGUUGCCAAGCAAACCGAAAAUUUAAUCAUCAUUCAAAAAGAAAAUGUGAAACCUGAUAAAGUACACAAUGUUACAGUGGCUUCAGUAAAAAGUACCUGUGUUUCACUGAACUGGGAUCACCGCAAGCAAAACAGAAGUAAAUUAUUCACUGUUAGAGCUACUACAAAUGGCUCUUACUGGGAUGAUGCCCAGCAGGAAGAAACACAAGAUACCAGUUUAACUGUUUGUGACUUGAAGCCAUACACAAGAUAUAAUUUCUCCAUUGAAACUAGACCAGGCAAAGAUGUAGGCUAUCCAGGUGAUCCUGUUUACAUCUCAGCCAAUACUGAUAUGGAUAAACCAUCCAGACCACCUGAAUUUGUGAACAGUGGCUAUCAAGUGAUGGAUGAAGAUUGCAUCAAUAAUGCCCGCAGAAUAACAGUUCUUUGGAAGGCUAUAGCUGAAGAGUAUCAGAAUGGUCCUUUUCUUGGAUAUUAUAUAUCAGCAUCUAGUCCUAAUGAUGGUCUAUUUAAAGAAUAUCAUGCUAAUAGUUCUGGUUCAGACCACCAGCAGCAGCCAAUGGAUAUUCUAUGUGACCAACCAAUAACUAUUACCAUGAAGUCAUGGGGCAAGGCAGGCUAUUCUAAUACAUCAACUAUCGUCAUACCAAAGGCUAAUUACUUAUCACAAUUAGAAGUAGCAGGUAUUGUAAUUGGUGUGAUUUUAUUUGUUGUUAUGGUCAUCAUCUUAGCAGUUUGUGUUUUCAGGAUUGAUUGUUGUGGAAAAAUUAAAGAGUUUUUCAAACCACCUGAGAUAGAGUUACCUGUAGUCAAGAUAAAUUACAUGGAACAUAAUAAAGACAGCGGACAUGAGACAUUUUCUACAUCCACAUUCAAGUCUACACAUACUAAUGGUAUCAGUGAAAAAGAGAGCCAAUAUUCUGCUGUCUACAGUAAUGCAGGUUAUAGCUCAGUGGGUUCACAGAAUGAAGACCACUUUGUACAUAAAGGCUCUAGUAAAGAUGGAAGAUCUCAAUCUAUCGGUGAAUCCUUCUCGGAUAUAAACAGCGGUGAGGAUUCACCUCAAUCCUCAGGUUGCUCAUACGAGUCGUAUUCUAGUAGUAGGAUGUUAUUGAACAGUGAAGAGGAUGAUGAUGGCUAUCGAGGGGCAGAAGAAAGUACAUAUUAUGAAGACGAUUCAGUGAAGAGUUAUGUUCAGCAGGAUGGAAAAAACUCAUCUGAAUUAACCUCAUCAAAUACUACAGAAACUUCAAACAAACAAUGUAGUACUACUAAAGAAUUAACCUCAUCAAAUACUACAGAAACUUCAAACAAACAAUGUAGUACUACUAAAGACAGUCAACAAGAUUCUACACAAACUACACAUCAAACAGACUCCGUUAAGACAGCAAUCAAAACAAAACAUUCAUCUCAGGAGGCAGGGUCAAUCAAAAGUACUGGUACUGAAGAAUGUGUAUGAUAUAAAACACAUACCCUGAAAAUGCUGCUGUUUUAAAGUAACUUUCUCUGUCACAAUGUGUAUUAGAUUGAAUAGUUAUAAAAAAAAAAAGAAAUGUACAACUAUUAUAUAGAGAAAUAUAGUCAGUAUUUUCAUAGUUCCUUUGCCAGAUUGUUAAACAAAGUUUUAAUGAUCAAAAGUGUCAGCUUCUGAGGCAGAACAGUUAUGGAAAAACUGUUGCAGUGAUUUUAUGUGCUAAGUAGUUGAUAAUCAGUCAUCUUAAAGACUUCUUUUAUAGAAGUGACCAAAGUUUUGAAUCUGUAGCAGGAAGUGAUCAAUUACAUCUAUAGAUUUAUUCUACCUCAUAUAAGUUUGUAAGAUUUUUUCAUGAUAUGAUUAAUAGAAGACCUUGCUCAUUCCCACUCCCUUUUGACCAAUGAACAGAAUGCAUAAUAUCAAGACUCACAUAUGAGAUUUUUUUUUGUCUCGCCUUGACAGAGAAAGCGAGACAUAGUUAUGCUGUUUCCGAACAUGGCGGCGGUGUCAACAAAAUAUUAGUUUGUGAUUAGAUCUAGUUCUUGAAGAACCACUAGUGGUAGGUCAAUGAUAUUUGGUAUGCAGUUUUAGCAUUGACACAUCUCAUUACCAUGUAGAUUAUUUGGCCCUGUCCCCUCAGUCAAGGUCUAUUGACUUUGAAACUUUUCAUAGUUUACAUGUAUUAGUUUGUGAUAAGGUCAAUUUAUGGGGAACCACUAGUGGUAGGUCAAUGAUAUUUGGUAUGCAGUUGUAUAAGCAUUAGCACAUCUCAUUUCCAUGGAGAAUAUUUGGCCCCGCCCCCUCAGUCAUGGUCUAUUUACUUUGAAACUUUUGCUUAGUUUACAUGUAUUAGUUUGUGAUUUAAUCAUGAACUGCUAAUGUUAAGUCAAUGAUACCGUAUAGCGGGUUAUUUUCGUGGGGUGUUUAUUUUCGCUUAUUUUGGCGGGUCAGGAGAAAUCGCGAAAAUAAAUUCCGCGAAAAUUUAUGCAUACGUUCGAUACUUUCUAAUAGCUAAAGCGUUUUGUAAACUAUCUAUUUUUUUUCGUUCGACGGAUCAAUAACGGUUUGUGUUAAUUUAAACAAUAUAAAUGCCAAAUGCCAUUGUUCACUGGCUAUCAGGUGUUAAUUAGGUUUUUUGGUUACAUUAUAAAAUGAAUAAUAAUAUAAGAGUGUAAGGUACGAUUGUCAGGUAUUUUAUCCUUAUAAAUUAGUGUCAAAUUAUAUAAGAGUUGCAAGUCACUCAUGAUAAUUUUAUAAUUUAAUUAGUACAUCAAAGGUCCGGUCAAUUUCGUAACUAACCAAUCGUAACAUUUACAAAAAGUUUGUACACCUGUGACAAAUAACUAUGUACCGGUAUUCUAUUGAUUGAAUGUAUCAAAAUAUAAUCCAUAAAUAAGACAACAUGCAGGUAAAACAAUCAUUUAACCCGUGUUUGUCCAUUUUUAAAACUUUUUAACUGCAACCAUUUCAGUAUCCGCCAAAAUAUUUAAUUGGAAUUAAAGAAUCCACCAAAAUAAAAACCACCAAAAUUUUUCCUAUACUUUGUUGCCCCUAAAUCGCGAAAUUUUACACCAGCGAAAAUAACCCGCUAUACGGUAUUUGGUAUGCAAAUUUAUUGGCAUUUGCAAGUAUCGUUUCCAUGGAGAUUAUAUAGCCCCACCCCUGAUCAUGGUUCAUUGACUUUGAAACUUUUACAUAGUUUACAAGUUAAUGUUUGUGUUUAGGUUUGUUUAAAGGGAACGACUUAUAAUAAGUCAAUGGUAUUUGGUAUGCAGUUGUAUUAGCAUUGGCACAUCUCAUUCCAUGGAGAUUGUUUAGCAAUGUACCUUCAGUCAUGGUUCAUCGACUUGGAAUAUUUGCAUAACUUACAUGUUAAAGUAUUGCUAUUUUAAUUUCAACACUUGCAUUAUCAAAAUUACAAAAAGGCGAGACAUAUCUCUGUGAUAACAGUUUAUGAUUGUAAAAAUCAGCAAAAUUGUAAGGCAAGUCGAUGCAUGUUGCAAAACUGAAUUCUUAUUCACAAAAAUAUUAUUAAAUUUUAUGCAUUAAAGUCUAAAUCAAUGUUCAAUCUAUCUCUAAUAAUUUAAUUUUCAAAACUGGUAUUGUGGUAAGAAGUCUUAAAGGAAUGAGUUUUGUAGAAAAUGAAUUGCUUGCACCAUCAAACUGCAUACUAAACUUUACAAAACAUCAUUAGAAAAUUAAGAACUUGUAUGUCAUCAUGAUAAUAUAAGUAACUGAUGAAAUGCUAAUGGUAAAUUUAAUACUAUCUAUAAAGUUAUUCUAGGAUGUUAUAGAAAAGAUGUAAGAACUCAAGGGGGAAAAGGGAAUUAUAAACCACGGAUGCUUAGAUGUUCAUAAUGUUCAAAAGUUGUACAUAAAUAUACUCAACAUAUUAUACUCUGGUUUAUCAUGUACAUAAAACUACUUUAUAUAAUUCACUAUGUUUUUUUACUUGUACAUAAAAAAUACUGUAUAUGUACUAAUAUGUGUUUUUUUUGUAUUUUGAAUGUUUGUAAAUACACAUAAUCAAUAUCUCAUAUCAGCAUUAUCUUUUGUACUAAAUGUGUUUUCCUGUGAUAAGACUGUAAAUUCUGAAAUAUGUGUUUUUGUUAUUUGGAAAGAGUGCAAUACAAUAAGACUUGCUGCAAUAAAACUGAUAUUUUUCGUAUUUUUAUUAAUUCUUGUUACUAAAAUUGGCAUUUUUAUCUAUUUUUAUAAUUUUUGUUUAAAAAUAUUAGAAUGACCAACAUAAAUAUUUAACUUUCAUCCUUGAAAAUGACAUAAAUAUCAAUAAAAUAAAUAAAUCCAAAAACAGUGAUUUUCCCAUGCAGUGCCAUUCCUGAUUUCAAAUUUUGGUGGUAUCAUCCUGAUUUUCAUGCCUUAACCCAAAUCCUGAUAUUGGGAUUGUAAAACAAAUCAAAAUCCUGAUUUUCACAUAAUCUACCGCAAAAAAAUUGAAGGUUACUGAUUUUUUAAGCUUUUCUUAUCAAUUUCUAUAAAUCUAUAAUUUUACCGGGCGACAUAUUUAUGACAAGUUUACGACCCCAAGUUAAUCAACGCAUCAUAAUUUGUUGUUACAGGUAAUCGGCUUAUCAGUUUGGUCAUAAUUAUCCUCAAAAUUAAUUAAUUUGUAAAUAGAAUUGGUCAGUCGGCAUUUCAAUUUUCAUCAAUGCAACGUUUACCAUAGUAUCAUGACAAAAACGUAAACUAGAAGAAGAAAACUAUAAUGAACUCAUUAUGAAACAUCGUUUAUCAUGAAAUCCAUGAAAUUUUUUGAAAUCAAACAUGUUUCUGUCCAGUUCUGAUUAAAAUCGACGUCAUAUUGUAUUUACUUCUACUGUGUAUAAGCCCUUCUGGUAGGAGCACCUUUGAAUACCAAGAAAGAUAACUCAAAUUUUAUCCAUUUUCUCAUUACUGAUAAACUCAAGAUCUGUCUCCAUCCUUCUAACUUUAGGAAAUUUAGGUUUAGGUCUUUGGAGGAUGAAAAGGGGGUCUUCAUUUUGUAUCCUUUAUUUUUUAGGCCAUUUUCCUCUAUUCUUAAGUUAUUUUGCCAAUUAAUAAGUACAAGAAUCAUGCAAAUAAAAUAAAUAAAGGCUUAUUAUCUCAUCAUCAGUAUACCACAAGAAAAAAUGAAGAGCUAUGAGACAUCAUUUCAAGAGUUUAAAACAGUGCACACAGAAACGCCAUAAACAAAUCUGGUCACACACUAAAUCCCCCAUGGGAAUUUUCCAAAGUUGGCAGGUCUGGUUAAAUAGACAUGUGAUGGAUAGAAUCAGUUGUCAGUACUGUAAAUGUUUCAGUGUUUGUCACAGAGAUUUGCAAAAUUAGACUAUGCAAUGAUUUUAGAAUUGACAGUACAUUUUAACUUUGUGGCAGCAAUCUCUAUCAGGAUUACAAGUUAUCAGCUGUUAUUAUAAGAAGAACAAAAGAACAAUGUACAUCACUCAGUUUUUGGCUAGUAACUCUUCCUAAUUUGUUAUAAACAGAUAUAAAUCAUUAUGAUAAUUUUUUAUGUAAAGGAAAUGAAAUCUAAGGAUCUGUAAUCUAUGUCUUAGUAAAGAAUGUUAAAACAUAUUACAUGUAUUGUACUGGUUUUAGAUGCUGAAUUCAAAUCUGAGGCAUUCAACUAUGGCAAGAUUAUUUUUUAAAGUUUUGGAAAUGGAUUGUUCUUGUUAGUUUCUGAAGGAGUAGAUUCAGUAGGGUGGCCCCAAUUUCCCCUUAUGGAGGACAAUGUGUGUUUUUUUUCUCACAAGUUUUAUGACUUUUUACUGCUGUGUCUGCCCUUUUAGGCAUAAAUUUUCAGGUUUUUUUUUACAUUCAUUUGUUAUUAACAAUAAACACUUGCAGGUCUAAAAUAAAAUAGAGUGAAUUUUUAAAAUUCUUUUCCUAACCUUUCUGUGACAGCCUUUAUAUUGUAUCAUAAUUGAAUAAUUAAAUAAAUAUACUGCAGAUUCACCCAUCUAAAUUAUAAAAAAAAACAAUGAUUAUAGUAAAAGAAAAAUUAUAAUAAAAACAAUGGUUAAAUUAAAAGAAAGUACUGUUUCUAGAACACUUCAGAAAGCUCUAAGUACAGUGUGUAAAAGAUGAGAAGUUUUACUGACUACUCAAGUUCUAAAGUUUUUUUUCAAGAUCUGUAUUAUGAAUCUCAUUUAAAUUCAAGCUUCCCAUACAUAUGGAAAUAAACUCCUCAUAUAUACCAGGAUUGAAAUUUUGUAUUUGCGCCAGACGCACGUUUUUGUCUACAAAAGACUCAUCAGUGACGCUCGAAUAAAAAAAAGUUAAAAAGGCCAAAGAUAUAAACCUAUUGGUUUUUUGGUUAAUAGGUUAAAGCUCAAGGUCAAGGUUACUGUGACUAAAAAUUGAAAAAUGGUUUCUGUAUGGUAGCCUUAAUUUCCCUUGUUUGAUUAGAAUGAAACUUAUACAGAUGGUUGAUAUAGGGAUUGGGGAAUAAUCCUAUUAAUUUGAGAGUUAACAGAUUUAAGGUUAAGGUCGCUUACUAAAAAUAUAUUUAUUUCAAGAGUUGGUUUCGGGAUGGUAUCCCACUUUGACCGCUUUGAAUUAUACACAUAAACACAUAUACAUAUAUACAUAUUUAUGUAGGUGAAACAUGAUCAUAAUAUUAGUACAUAGUAUUUAUUUGUCCCUCCAAGCAUACUAGUAUUUUGAACCCUUGAAAUAAAAUUGUUUUCUCUAAAUAAAUUUUCAAUUCAGGGAGCAUUAGUUGGUAGUGGCAGCUUUUUACUUUUUCUACAAGUCUGUGAUGCUUUAUUUGAAAGGGCAGUCUGUAUAAUUAUAUCUUUGGUGUUUUAUUUAAUAGGGCAGUCUGAAUGCAUGAAGCCAUGGUCCUUCAUUUAACACACUAGUCUUGAUACUAGUACAUGUAACUUUAUGUUAACUAUUAGUCUUAGUAUCCAUGAUGCUUAAUUUGACACAUCAAUAUGAAUAUAAAGAACCUUUUGUCCAUUAUUUGACAUGUCAGACUGAAUACUGACAUUUUGUGCUUAAUUUAAAACAUCAGUCUGAUUAUAAGUACUGUUCAUCUUUUAUUUGACACAAGACUGAAUAUAGAUAUAGAUACUGCCUUUGAUUUUUUAUACAAUGCCUGUAGAAUUCAGUAUCUCUAGUGUUUUGAUUUUCCUAUGCAACAUUCGAUAGUUUCUUCAAUCAAGUUUUUCUUUCCAUAGUUCUUUGAUUUUUUUAUAUCUCAGUCUUAACAUCUAUACCCUCUUGUAUAUGACUGGUGUAGGUUAUAUUAUACAUGUACAAUUUUAUAUGCAUCUCACGAAACAUCUAUGGCCCCACUGCAUUUUUGCGCCUGUCCCAAGUCAGGAGCCUCUGGCCUUUGUUGGUCUUGUAUGAUUUUUAAUUUUGGUUCGUUUAUAUGUUUUGGAGUUUAGUGGGACGUCCAUUUUCACUGAACUGGUGCACAUUUUUAUUUUGGGGCCAGCUGAGGCCCGCCUCUGGGUGUGGGAUUUUCUCCCUGUGUUGAAGACCCAUUGGUGGCCUUCGGCUGUUUUCUGCUCUUUGGUCGGGUUGUUGUCUCUUUGACACAUUCCCCAUUUCCAUUCUCAAUUUUAUAAGAAGUUAUACAAGAUAUUUUUUUUUUUUUUUUUGCACACUUUAAAUAGCUGCCUUGUUUUUAUGUAUAGUUGUUCUUGUGCAUAUCUAUAAGAUGAUGAGAAAUGUUGUUUUUUUUUUAAAUUUUGUAAUGAUAAUGAUCAUGUUCUUUUUAUAUUUUUGCAACAAAAGAUGUGUUUAUGCACUUUUAUAUACAGUUUUAUAGAAGCUAAUCAACACUAUAAGUAUGUUUUUAUUUCUGUUUAUUCCCUUUUAAGCUCAUUUGGAUGAAAGGGUUAGUGUGAGCUAUUGCCAUCACUUUGCGUCUGUUGUUGUCCCUUAACUUAAACAAUCAAAGUGAUGAAAAUCACUCAUGGAAAGAUUGAAAGAGUAGUUUGAAUAAUUUCAAAUCAUAUUUAGGAAUGGUCACUAUGGUGUGGACAAAAAAGGAAGUAUUGCUGACAAUUGCAUUAACUGCAGGUCUUUGGAAAGAAAAACACUUUUCCAGUAGAUAAAAUGAGCAAAAUGUGAAUCAAAUUGAAUGAUAGGGGUCCCUUAAUUUGCAAAACAAUUUCAUUUAGAUUGCAGUUUAUAUCUUAACCAAAUAAUGUUCCCUGUUGCAUUUUAUCUUUUGAAACAAAAACAAAAUUGCAAAUCAAAGAUUUUUCUAAUAAAGUUUACCAAUUAUCCUUGUAAGACAUAGGACCAACAGAUAGACUUGAAGCUAAGAACUUUAUUGUGUCAAAAAAAUAAUCUAAAAAGGAUGUUUUGUGGUAUUUUGUAAGUUGAAACAUAGGCAUACCAUUUUUCUCCACUGAGAAUUGCUUAUUGAUUUUGAAAACAAUUAUGAUUAUAUGACAUUGAAGAUUAAAAGUUGUAGAGUGUAUUUUAAUCAAUUUAUAAUUUAAAUAUUAAUUUUUUCAGCAAAGGGCAUUGAAAAUGUACUUUUUAAACAUAAUCAAAUUAAAAAACUUAUUUUUUUGAAAUGUGGAUUCUUUCCUGAUUGCAAAAAUAUAUACACACUUCUUAUAUUCAAAUGACUAAAAUUGUUAACAGACAUUUGAAGGGGAAUAAACUAAAAAAAACUGUUUGUUCUAAUUAAGAGUUUUAAAAUUUUACUAACUGUAUCAAGCCAAUCACUGAUAAAAAAUAAGUGAACUAACCUUAAUUGUUGAUUAGUUACAGAUAAUUAUUGCAGAUUUAUUAAGUAAAUUAUAGGCCUUACUUGAAUACCUUUAAUAUAUCUUUAUUUAGAUUUCAUUUUUUUUUUUCAAAAGAUCUUGUUAAUCCUUAAUUAACUGAUUAAUCAUUUAUCUUUCAGAUAUAAUUUACAGAAUCACUUUAUGUAUUGUAGAUCAAAAAUAAUAGGCAAUGAAUAAAUCUAUCAUCUCUAUACUGAAAUAUACAUUUGUGUAUUCAAUAAUGAGGUCAAAUAUUUGUGUAUUGAGAGUGUAUUGAGAUGUAUAUUGAAGGGUCUGUAUAAUUAUGUAAGACUGAGGUUGAUAAGUUAUGUGGUCAAUAUGAUUGGCAUUUAAGGAGGUGGGGCAUUGUAAUUAAGGUCCCACCUUGUCUCUGAUUGUUUGGUGAUCAUGACAAUUCUCAAUCAUACUAGUAUUGUAUCAUUACUCAAUUACCUAAUCAAAAUGAUAAAAAAGCCUGCACAUCAACACACCUUAAAGACAUACAUACUUGAAUGAACUGCUCCAAAAAUAUACCCAAAUUUUUCACAGUUUAUAUGUGCAUAUGUGCACAGACAUGAGAAAUAUAGGGAACUAUAUUUCAGUGUGUAUACAUUUUGUAGAUUUAGUAGCUAACCUGUGCUUAGUUACUUGUUAUUAGGGAGGCCGUUGCCUUAGGAAAGAUUUAGAACAAGUUCCAAUCUUUCCAAAAAUCUUCUCAUCUCUGAAACUUCUUGGCAUAUUGGAACAAAACCAUCAUUGGGGUAUUUUUUUCAUAUGUUUGAGAUGUCUAUAUCCAGUUGAGUUUUAUCAUUUGUUUAUGAGGUAGAUAGACACAGAUAUUAAAUGUGAUUUUGACUCUAAUAUUUUAUGUGAUUUGGACACAAAUAUUAAAUGAGGUUUUGACACAACUGGAGACAAAUAAUUUUUUAUAAUAAAGCCUUAGGAAAGAUUUAGAACAAGUUCCAAUCUUUCCAAAAAUCUUCUCAUCUCUGAAACUUCAUGGCAUAUUAGAACAAAACCAUCAUUGGGGUAUUUUUUUCAUAUGUUUGAGAUGUCUAUAUCUAGUUGAGUUUUAUCAUUUGUUUAUGAGGUAGAUAGACACAAAUAUUAAAUGUGAUUUUGACUCUAAUAUUAUAUGUGAUUUGGAUAACAAAUAUUAAAUGAGGUUUUGACACAACUGGAGACAAAUAAUUUUUUAUAAUAAAGCCUUAGGAAAGAUUUAGAACAAGUUCCAAUCUUUCCAAAAAUCUUCUCAUCUCUGAAACUUCAUGGCAUAUUAGAACAAAACCAUCAUUAGAAUGUUUUUUUCAUAUGUUUGAGAUGUCUAUAUCUAGUUGAGUUUUAUCAUUUGUUUAUGAGGUAGAUAGACACAAAUAUUAAAUGUGAUUUUGACUCUAAUAUUAUAUGUGAUUUGGAUAACAAAUAUUAAAUGACGUUUUGACACAACUGGAGACAAAUAAUUUUUUAUAAUAAAGCAAGUUUUAUUUUAUGUA